CAGCAGUUGACAUCACCAAGUAGUUAAAAAAAAAAAAAAAAGAAAAGUCACAGGGAGGAGUUUGAGCCACCGUUGCAAAACUGAAAACAACACACAGGUCCACGCCUUCAAGUGUGUAAAUUUGGUGAUUUAAAUGCCCCUCCAAUGACUGACCGCAGAACAGUUGCGUGUGCACAUAAGUCACGGGAGCAGGACAAAAGCUUCGUUUACAGUUUGCAGAUACCAAUGGAUGCAAUGGACACAACCCCCAGCAGCUCCCCUGAUGGGCCCAGGGUGAAGAGAGGCUUUGACCAAAAGUGAGUUCAUUUAUUUGAAGGGUGUUUGUUAACCGAAGUCUGACGCUGGAAAACAUCAAAUGCUAUGGCUUUGACAUGGACUACACGCUGGCAGCAUACAAGUCUCCUGACUACGAGAGCCUGGGCUUUGAGCUGAUAAGAGACAGAAUGGUGUCUAUUGGAUACCCGCAUGAGCUUCUCCGCUACACAUACGACCCCAGCUUCCCCACACGCGGUUUAGUGAUUGACACCACAUACGGGAACCUCCUGAAGGUGGACUCGAAUGGGAACAUUUUAGUCUGCAGUCACGGCUUCCACUUCCUCAAAGGAGAAGACAUUCACAACUACUACCCCAACAAAUUCAUUCAAAGAGAUGACACUGACCGCUUUUAUAUUCUGAACACACUCUUCAAUCUGUCAGAGACUUAUCUCUACGCCUGCCUUGUGGACUUCUUCACCAGAUGCACCAGAUACACAAACCUCCUGAAAGGUUACCAGCACGGCGACUUGUUUAUGUCCUACAGAAGCAUGUUUCAGAAUGUCCGAGAUGCGAUGGACUUCAUUCACGAUACGGGAAUCCUGAAAGAACGAACUAUCAAGAAUUUGGAGAAAUACGUUAUCCAAGAUGCAAAUCUUUCUGUGCUCUUGACUCGGAUUAAAGAGGUGGCCAAGGUCUUUCUUGCCACCAACAGUGACUACAGCUACACUGAGGCCAUCAUGAAAUAUCUGCUUGAAAGUAAUACUAAGUCUGGAAGUCCGAAAAAGUCCUGGCGUUCCUUCUUCGACCUCGUCGUUGUGGACACCAAAAAGCCGCUGUUCUUCGCAGAGGGGACUGUGCUGAGACAAGUGGACACGGACACGGGAAAGCUUCGGAUUGGGACUUACACAGGCGACCUCCAGCAUGGAACUGUGUACUCUGGAGGAUCCUCUGACAUCGUCUGUGAUCUGCUGGAUGUCAAAGGUAAGAACAUUCUCUACGUUGGAGACCACAUCUUUGGCGACAUCCUCAAAUCUAAGAAACGUCAGGGCUGGAAGACUUUUCUGGUCGUACCGGAGCUCACCAAGGAGCUGCACGUGUGGGAGGAGAAGAAAAAUCUAUUUGAGGAGCUGAAACGUCUCGAUGCCUUCUUAGCUGAACUUUACAAGCACCUGGACAGCGACAGUCGAGAGUGUCCCGACAUCAGCGGCAUUCACACCCGAAUGAAGGUGCUGAACUACAGACUGGACAUGUCCUACGGCCAGAUGGGCAGCCUCCUGCGCAGCGGCUCCAGACAGACGCUGUUUGCCAGCCAGCUGAUGCGUUAUGCAGAUCUUUACUCCUCCACCUGCAUCAACCUGCUGCACUACCCCUUCAAUUACCUCUUCAUGGCUCCUCCAGUUCUGAUGCCCCACGAGGCAGCAUCUCAACACUCCACAGACUUUGAUUCAUCAGAGCUCACUACUGUCACCAACCAUACUGUCAGAAACUAAGUGCUGAAGACAGGUGCCCGAGAUGAGACAGAAGAAGAACAUGUGAAGCCUCUGCAGAAAACUUCAAAUAUGCUUCUACUUGUCACAGACAGUUCUCACUGAUGAAGGUGACUGUUUGCACCUGAGCAUGUAGGAAGGGUUUGUAGCAGCCAUGACGUGCCACCUUUAAAAAAAAAAAAAAAAAAACAAACAAAAAAAACAAAAAAAACCCCAAUCUCCUGCUCCACCUGCUGCGUAUGAAUUGCAUUGCCGUAACGUUUACCAGAUAAACCUUUAAAGCAUGUUGAGAUUUUAGAAUUUGGGGCAAGAACAGACUCAGGGUUACUGUAUAUAUGAGUGCAAAUUUGUCUUAAUUUGUUUAAUAUUUACAUGUGUUGCAUGUGCACUUUUGAUCUGAGGUUUGUGUAAUGGUUUUUAACUUUAUUUAUUUGUUGUUUGAGCAACUUCUAGUGAAUUAUCUCAAUAAAUUGUUCAUAUUAUGUUUUCAUUGUCUUCACUGAAGUACGACAACUAAGCAUGUAGGUGUAUAUGGUACAAGAGGAUCUUGGCUAAUAUUGAAAGAUGUGCUCACAUAGUCAUUUUAUAU